AUGAGCUGCGAUUGCCCACUGGGAGCUCCAACUGGCCCAUCAUUAGCAUCGGCAUGCGGGGGGCCAUCAUUUAUGCUGUUUAUGGGCCUCCUGGAGGUAUUUUUACGCAGCCAAUGUGACCUCGAGGAUCCUUGCAACCGGCCCAAGUCACGUGAGCAAAUAAAUUCAAGUUAUGAUUUUAUCGUGAUCGGAGGAGGAAGUGCUGGCGCUACGGUUGCUGGUCGGCUUGCCGAGAAUGACAAAUUUUCAGUUUUGCUGAUUGAAGCCGGGUUGGACGAGCCAACUACCACGCAAAUUCCUUCUUUUUUCUUUAAUUUUCUGGGAAGUAGUAUUGACUGGCAGUAUUCCACUGAACCUGAGCCAGAAGCUUGUUUGAAUAAAGAAGGAAGGUGUUAUUGGCCUCGCGGAAAGGUACUGGGCGGAACAAGUGUAAUGAACGGAAUGACCUAUAUGAGAGGUUCGAAGAAAGAUUACGACAAUUGGGCGCGUCUAGGAAACUCAGGUUGGAGUUACCAGGAAGUACUGCCUUACUUCAUCUACAGUGAAGAUAAUCAACAGAUAAAUCAAAUGGAUUACGGGUACCACGGUUCCGGCGGACCAUUAACAGUGACCCAGUUUCCGUACCACCCGCCAUUGAGCCGAGCUCUGAUCGAAGCUGGCAAGGAAUUAGGUUACGACAACGUCGAUUUGAACGGUAGAACACACACCGGUUUUGCAAUAGCGCAAACGACAUCACGCAACGGAUCACGAUUGUCAACAGCACGUGCGUUUAUACGUCCUGUGAAGAACAGGUCCAAUUUGCAUAUCCUCUUAAACGCGACAGUGACACGGAUCAUUUUUAAUAACAACCGUCAGGCAAUUGGGGUCGAGUACUCCAAGAGCCAGCAAUUAAGACGCGUCAGCGUGCGCAAAGAAGUUAUUGUCAGCGGAGGAGCUGUUAAUUCGCCGCAAAUUUUACUAAACUCCGGAAUCGGCCCGCGAGAAGAACUUUCCUCGGUAGGAGUCCCGAUAAUCCACCACUUGCCAGGUGUAGGAAAAAAUCUCCAUAAUCACGUAGCGUACGCGUUGGUAUUCAAGAUAAAUGAUACAGACACUACGCCACUUAAUUGGGCAACAGCUAUGGAGUACUUGUUAUUCCGCGACGGGCUCAUGUCAGGCACAGGUAUUUCCGAAGUAACUGCAAUGAUAAACACAAAAUACGCAAACCCUGAAGAUGACCACCCAGACAUCCAGCUAAUCUUCGGCGGCUACUUAGCAGACUGCGCAGAAACAGGAACCGUGGGAGAAAAAAAAGGAAACCGCCGAAGUAUCCUAAUGAUUCCAACUUUGUUGCACCCAAAAUCCCGCGGAGAGCUAAAACUAAAGGACAGCGACCCUCUGUCAAAGCCUAUGAUCUACCCACGGUACCUAACCGAGCCGGAGGACGUCAAGCGGCUGGUGGAGGGGAUAAAGUUCUGCGUAAGAUUGGCGGAAACUCGCGUGUUAUCCCGCUACGGGUUUGAAUUAGAUAGAACUCCUGUUAAAGGCUGCGAGAAUCUGAGGUUCGGAUGCGACGCCUACUGGGAGUGCGCUAUCAAGCGCGAUACCGCUCCGGAGAACCACCAGGCUGGCUCUUGCAAGAUGGGUGCUGACGAUGACCCUCUUGCGGUGGUCGAUAACCAGCUCCGGGUCAGAGGAGUUCGUGGUGUUCGCGUUGCUGAUACCAGCGUCAUGCCUGCAGUGACCUCCGGGAACACUAAUGCCCCUGCGAUAAUGAUCGGCGAAAGAGCUGCUGAUUUUAUUAAGAAAACUUGGAUCCGAUGA